GCUGUGGGGUGGACCUGGUGUAGGCCAGAAUAUCGACCUGUCUCAAGACACCAACAGCAAGAUAUUAAUAGCAAAGUUGGCUGGUACGAUUAUUGAGCAGGUUCACCCUCGGGCUGUCUAUAGAUUCAAAUAUCAACAGAACACGCGCUCCGAGUUCUCCAUGGAAAGAAACAUCAUCUCCAAGUCUUCUACAGUUUUCAUAGCCUUUUUUAUCCCGUCCAAAUUGUCCCUUUCAGUAUGGCUGCUGCGUUGGCACCUCGCUCCCUUUUACAGUCUUUCAACGAUCCUCUGCCGACUUACCGCUACAAUGGUACCGUCCACAAGGCUUCUGAGGGUGGCACAGAAUCCAAGAAUACGACAUCACCUAAUUUUGCGGUUCGGCGUACGCAAGCCAAUCGCUGGUCCGCGGUUGGGCAAGUCUUUCUAAACAAUCUUCAGAACGCAAGCACUGUUCCCUUGUGGACUGCAUUCCUCAAUGAGCGCAUAUACAACAAGGAGCAACCCAUACAGCACCGGAACGAGGCAGAUAUUGUACGAACCUCGGCACUAUAUCUGAUCCACCCCGUAUCCCAGGCUCUCAACACCCACUCCAUGCUUAACGGCACCCUCAGCUCGCAGUGUGAAGACAACAAGACAAGAGGCGUGCGGACGGACAUGACAUUCCUCAGAGCCGCCCAGCCGGAGCCCCGCCCCUUUGCUGUCUUCGAGUACAAGAGGCGAACUAUUAUUGCAAGUUCUCGGCUCAACGCGGCCGUGAGACCCUACAACCCGGCGGCCGCAACCGCCGCGGCCGAUCUCGCUGCAAUUCUGACAAGCCUCACUCCCCCGGGGGUCCCACGACCCAUAUCGGCCUUCGAAGGGGGCUCGUUGCACCUCAUAAAACAGGCGUCGGCAUACGCCAUCAAGAAAAGCACGAGAUACGUGGCCAUGUUUGACUACGACCACUUGAUCUGCUUUUACUUCCCUGAGCUGGACCAUACCGUGCCGCCCGGGGCAGCUGUCCCCCCUCAAGUGAACAACUACGUCGAGAUUGAUGUCUACCCUUUUGCUCAGUCCAACCAGAUGAGGCUCGCUUUACUGGGCUUCCUGGCGGAGGCUUACGAGAACACGCCUUAA